GUCAUGCAAAAAAUGAUGGCAAGCAACUUGGCUCGGUCGGAUGUCGAGACGCGCGUGUUGGAGAUUGUCAAGGCUUUUGAUAAAGUCAGUGACCCUACCAAGAUCUCAGCAACCUCCUCUUUCCAAAAUGAUUUGGGUUUGGAUAGCCUGGAUACGGUCGAGGUGGUCAUGGCUAUUGAGGAGGAAUUCAGCGUUGAGAUUCCUGACAAGGAGGCGGAUGAAAUCAAGUCUGUGGGACAGGCUAUUGACUACAUCGCCAAUCACGCAGAGGCCCGUUAAAGAUUUGCGUUAGACGGCUGUCUCAGUGGCAAGUACGGCGAUACCCAACUUGAUCCCGACUCCUCGCAUGCGUUGCUCCCCAUCUUUACGUUGGUAUCUACAAUCAAUUUGAAAACCUGGCGAUCGCCUUGAUCUUGCUUGAUUGCGUUCGUUCUAUUGCUGCUAUGCUGUGCCCGUGCAAAACGACGUGAUGGUCUUGUCAAACAAGUGACACCGUAUUGGCAUCUCCAG